AUGGCGAAUUUAGAGAAUGGAACGUUCAAGAAACUAGAUGUGGUUGUUGUCGGUGGAGAUGUGUUAAUGAACCAAAUCGUGCUAAGUGGUUACCGGAUGUCGGCGGAGCAGUACGGCUUCCGGGAGGGCCGUUCGACCGUGGGUGCAAUUCUUCGCGUGCGGUCCCUCUCGGACGAGGCCGUUUCUCGGGGUGGGGUGGCGCUGGCGGUGUCUCUUGACAUCGCCAACGCAUUUAACACUCUGCCCUGGAACGUGAUAGGGGGGGCACUGGAGAGGCGUGGGAUGCCCCUCUACCUCCGCUGGCUGGUUGGGUCCUAUUUGGGGGCCAUGUUGGUCGUAUGUACCGGCUUGCGCAAUAUAUAUAUGUUGUUGUUGAAUGAGGAGAGCGACUGGAAUAGAGUGAUUAAUAGGAAGCCAGAGAACGUCGGACUUGUGAAUGAGAUUAGUAUGUAUGAAGUUAGAGAAGCAGUAAGAAGUAUGAAAAGCGGAAAAUCGGAAGGACCAGACGUUCGGGUUCAUGCCUGGACAACGGACGCCAUAUUUGCACUCCGCCAAGUGUGCGAAAAACAUCGCGACGUGCACAGGAAUCUGCAUAUGGUGUUCGUUGAUCUGGAAAAAGCGUACGACCGAGCACCUAAAGCAGUUUUGUGGUGGGUAUUGAAUGAGAAAGGUAUACCUGGUAAGUAUGUGAGGUUAAUCUGUGCCAUGUACAGUCGAGCCAGGAUGUAUGUACGAACCGCCGCCGGGAAUUCCGACGAGUUCAGUGUGGCAGUGGGCUUACACCAAGGGUCUGCUCUAAGUCCCUAUCUCUUCCUGCUUGUGAUGGAUGCCUUGAUCGGAGAUACAGGAAGAGCCCCCUUGGUGUAUGCUGUUUGCUGA